GCUGCCUCCCUGUGUGGCUCAGUCAUCCUCGGCAUCCCCAGGACAGCGAUGACAGGCCACUACGCAGGACUGUAGCUUGCUUUCUUGCACAGUUUACAUAUUUUGGCCUGCAUCCUCCAUAACAACCCAGUCAAAACGAGUUCUGUAGCGCUUGUGCCGGAAAAGAUUAUCCCUCCCGCUUCAGAGAGGGUUUGAGAAGACGGUUUUGUUUAAGUUUCCAAGCCCUGCAUAGCCGUGGACAGUCUUGGGCAGAAUCUGCAACCCGAAGGAGGGAUUCGAUGUCAGAACAAGCCAAGUCAAAAUGAGUUCUGCAGAACUUGUGCCGGAGAAGAUUUUCCCUCCCGCUUCAAAGAGGGUUUGAGAAAACGGUUUUAUUUCAAUUUCAAAGCUCUGCAUAGCCGUGGACACAGUCUUGGGCAGAAUCUGCAACCCGGAGGAGGGAUUCGAUGUCAGCAGGACAGCCCCAGCAAGAUCACCAGUACUGUACCGUGUUCAGUCUGGAGCAAAUCAGGGUCUUGCAAGAGGCCUUCCACAGCAACGUGUUCCCAACAGAGCAGGAAACCCAGGAACUGGCUUCAAGGCUCCAGCUUAAGGACACAGUGGUGAAGAUAUGGUUUAAAAGUCAGCGAGACAAACUUCAGACACAGCACAGAAACUAUCAGAGGAGUUCACAUUUGGCAACAUCCAACCAGAUGAAGGUAGUGAGAAGAGCAUCGUCUAACCAGACUGUAAUAGAGAUGCAUACAUCUCCCAACCAGACUGUAAUAGAGAUGCAUACAUCUCCCAACCAGACUGUAAUAGAGAUGGGUGUAUCAUCAAACCAGGCUACAAUAGCGAUGGGUGUAUCUUCCAACCACACCAAGAGAGUGAGAAGAGCCUCAUCCAACCAGUCCAAGAGAGUGAGAAGAAGAGCAUCACCUAACCAGGCAUUGACAGAGAUGGGUGCAUCAUCCAACCAAGCUACAAUAGAGAUGGAUGCUUCAUCAAACAAGGCAACAAUAGAGAUGGGUGCACCCUCCAACCAGGCAUUGAUAGAGAUGGGUGUAUCCUCCAACCAGGCCACGAUAGAGAACAGUGCACCAUCCAAUCAUACCAAGAGAGUAAGGAGAGCUCCAGCCAGCCAGUCCAAGAGAGUGAGAAAAAGAGCAUCAUCCAACCAGGCAAUGAUAGAGAUGGGUGUAUCACCCAACAAGGAAAUAAAAGGGAUGAAUGCAAAAUUCAAUCAAGCAAUGAGAGAGAUGCGUGUGAUAUUGACCCAGGCACUGGAGGAGAUUGAUGCAUCAUUGAACCAGGAAACAAGAGAGAUGGGUGCAUCAUCCAACCAAGCUACGGCAGAGGUGGAUGCAUCAUCAAACAAGACAACAGUAGAGAUGGGUGCAUCAUCCGGCAGUGAAAUGAGAUGGAUGGGUGCAACAUUCAAUCAGGCAAUAAAAGAGAUGCGUGUAAUAUUUUACCAGGUAAUGGAAGAGAUUUGUGCAUCAUCGAACCAGGCAACAAGAGAGAUGGGUGCAUCAACCAAUCAGGCUACAAUAGAGAUGGAUGCACCAUCCAACCAGGUUACGACAGAGAUGGAGACAUCAUCAAACAAGACAAUAAUAGUGAUGGGUGUACCAUUCAAUGAGGAUAUGAGAAGGAUAGAUGCAAUAUUUAACCAGGCAGUAGAAAAGAUGUGUGUAAUAUUCAACCAGGCAAUUAAAGGGAUUGGUGCAUCAUCGAACCAGGCUACGAUAGAGAUGGAUGCAUCAAUCAACCAGGCUACGAUAGAGAUGGGUGCAUCAUCCACUCAGGCUACCAUAGAGAUGGGUGCAUCAUCCAACCAAGCUACAGUAGAGAUGGGUGCACCAUCCAAUCAGUCUACGAUAGAGAUGGGUGCAUCAUCCAACCACACCAAGAGAGUUAAGAGAGCCACAUCCAAGCAGUCCAAGAGAGUGAGAAGAAGAGCAACAUCCAACCAGGCAUUGAUCGAGAUGGGUGCAUCAUCCAACCAGGCAACUAUAGAAUUGGGUGCAUCAUCCAACCAGGCAACUAUAGAAUUGGGUGCAUCAUCCAACCACACCAAGAGAGUAAGGAGAGCUCCAUCCAGCCAGUCCAAGAGAGUGAGAAGAAGAGCAUCAUCCAACCAGGCAUUGAUAGAGAUGGAUGCAUUAUCCAACCAGGCAUUGAUUGAAACGGAUGCAUCAUCCAACCGUGCAACGAGAGAUAUAAGUGCAUCAUCUAACCAGUCCAAACCAGUGAGAAGAUCAUCAUGCAAGCAGGCAAAAUCCUUGAAAGAUGAUGAGAUCUUGGUCCCAAAGCCUGACUAUACUCAACUUCUGAGUACCAGGGGCUCAGAGAACAGCGACCUGGAGUCACAGAACAGUUUUCGAACGCAGCAACCUGAAGAGGCUGGUGUCUUCUCAGGAACGUUCCUGGAGUAUUCUGAGCUUUUGGAUGUCUGCCAAACCAGCCUGGGGUUGGCCCAGUCUCCCUGGGCAUCCAUGCCCUUUAACAUAGACACCUUGGUGAAAAUGUAUGCCUUGCCUGGGGAUGAUGACCCCAAUAGAUUUGAUAAGUAUCUCUUCCCAGGGUGUCUUGGCUGAGGUAGAGGGGUUGACAUGAUAUAUAAACCCAUCCAAAGCUUUGAAGCAAGACCUGAAAAUGCAAAGCAGUGAGUUUUUCAGGGGCAGGUUACCAGAGUAGUGUUCUCAGACUCAUCUCCUGGCUGAGUUUCCAAACUGCCUCUUCAGGGAGUUAACAGGCAGUGGUAGUAGAGGCCCCACAGGCCUGAGAAGGUGCAGGACAAGUCCUAGAAUUUCCUCCCUGGCUAACUCGACCUUAGGAAACAGUGCACUGAUUAAACCUACUGUGGUUGAAUGAAAAUAUCCUCCCAUAGGCUCUUAUGUUGAGUGCUUGGUCUCCAGUUAGUAGAACUGUUAGAGAGGGACUAGGGGUGUGGCCUUGCAGGAGGUGUGUAACUGAGGUGGGAGCUGAGGUUUCCAACUCCCUUGACAGGCCCAGUCUCUCUCUGACUGAUGGAUGUAAAGCUCUCAGCUCCUGCUCCAGAGCUAUGCCUGUCUGCUUCCCAUCAUUAUGGACUAACUCUAUGAACCUGUAAGCAAGCCCAAUUAAAUGCUGUCUUUUAUCAGAGUUCCUUUAGUCCUGUUGUCUCUUCACAAGAACAGAUACUGGGGCUGGAGAGAUGGCUCAGAG